AUGGAGAAAACUGUAGGACUUUUGGGAGGGGGACAGCUGGGGCAGAUGCUCUGCGAAGCUGCAAAUCCUCUUGGUGUUAAGGUUAUCAUUCUUGAUGCACCAAACUCUCCUGCUAAACAAGUAAAUGCCAAGAACGACCAUCUCGAUGGUUCUUUUAUCGACGCAGAGAAAAUCCGCGAACUUGCAAAGAAAGUCGAUGUUUUGACAGUGGAAAUUGAACAUGUUGACACAUACGUAUUAGAAGAGCUGGCAAAUUCUGGGGUGGAAGUGCAACCCAGCUGGAAGACAUUGCGAGUCAUCCAAGACAAGUAUUUACAAAAGGAGCACCUCAUCAAAGCUGGAGUACAAACUGCAACAUCACAGGCGGUUGAAGCUGGAAACCUUGAGGAGUUUGGCCGCACGCACGGGUACCCAUUCAUGCUGAAGGCAAGGAAAGAUGCCUAUGAUGGACGAGGUAAUUGUCCGGUGAAAUCAGAAUCCGAUAUCAAGAACGCCCUUGAAGUUUUAAAGGAUAGGUCGUUAUAUGCUGAGAAAUGGGCAAGCUUCAAAAUGGAGCUUGCGGUUAUGGUUGUGAAGACUGAAAAUGAAGUUUCCAAGGAUGGGGACUCUACCAUUGCAUACCCGGUUGUCGAGACAAUUCACGAAGAUAGCAUUUGCAAAUUAGUCUAUGCUCCAGCAAGAGGAAUUUCCAAUGAUCUCCAAAAGAAAGCACAAGCCCUGGCGCGAAAAGCAGUGGGAAGUCUUUGGGGCAAGGGUGUCUUUGGAGUUGAGCUCUUUGUUAUGGAAGAUGGUCAACUGCUAGUCAAUGAGAUUGCUCCUCGACCUCAUAACUCGGGACAUUACACAAUCGAAGCAUGCCCAACAAUGUCACAAUAUAAAUCGCAGCUCCUUUCGAUAUUAGGCAUUAUGCCAUCGUUCCCUAACUCGACUAUCCCUUCAAUGUUCCCCGCAACUAUAAUGUUGAACAUCCUCGGCGGCGCAUCAAAGGAUUCCCACAAAGAAUUAAUGCAACAAGCCGCUGCAAUACCCACAGCCAAUCUCCAUAUGUAUGGAAAAGAAUCCAAACCAGCGCGUAAAAUCGGGCACAUCACUGUCAUUGGCAAUUCUAUGGCUCAAGCCGAACAGCUCAUCUCCCCCCUAAUCACUCUUAGUGACAACAUGCGUGCCGACCGUAAAGGUCUCCCCAAAUCCACAUCCACCACAAUCUCAACCCCAUCCUCCACACAAAAACUCGUCGCUAUUACUAUGGGCUCAGACUCAGACUUACCCGUCCUGAAACCCGGUCUCGCUAUCCUCGAUUCUCUCCAAAUCCCAUACUUCCUUACCAUAACAUCCGCACAUCGUACACCACAACUCAUGGCAGAUUUUGCACGUGAUGCCGCUUCCAACGGCUUCAAAGUUAUCAUAGCGGCUGCAGGAGGAGCUGCCCAUUUACCUGGUAUGAUCGCUGCGCAAACUCCUCUUCCAGUUAUUGGAGUACCAGUGAAGGGUAGUACUUUGGAUGGAAUGGACAGUCUUCUGAGCAUAGUACAAAUGCCAAGAGGAGUUCCUGUCGCAACUGUUGCGAUUAAUAACAGUGUUAAUGCAGCAUUGUUGGCCGCUAGGAUAAUAGGGGCUAGUGACAGUGUCGUGUUUGCAAAAAUGGAGGAUUACAUGAAGAAAAUGGAAGACGAAGUUGUAGGAAAGAAGGGACGAUUGGAAGAGGUCGGCUGGCAGGGUUAUUAG